GCUAGGCUGCUGCGAAGGCGGCAGUGGCGGCCGACAUGGGCGAUGGGGGCGCGGAGCGCGACCGCGGCCCUGCACGCCGGGCGGAGUCUGGUAGCGGCAGUGGGCGCAACGGGGAUCUCAGCGGAGCGGUGGAGUUGCAAGCUGACGCGGGUGGCGGAAGCCCAAAAGAGGUUGCCGGGACUUCGGCCUCCAGCCCUGCGGGCUCCAAGGAGAGCAGCGCAGACAGUGAUGGGCAGUCCGGGCCCGGCGAGGCGGACCACUGCCGCCGCAUCCUGGUACGAGAUGCCAAGGGUACCAUCAGGGAAAUUGUCCUGCCCAAGGGCUUGGACCUGGACCGCCCCAAGCGGACCCGCACAUCCUUCACUGCUGAGCAACUGUACCGCCUGGAGAUGGAGUUCCAGCGCUGCCAGUACGUGGUGGGCCGCGAGCGCACGGAGCUGGCCCGCCAGCUGAACCUCUCAGAGACCCAGGUGAAGGUCUGGUUCCAGAACCGCCGCACCAAGCAGAAGAAAGACCAGAGCAGAGACCUGGAGAAGCAGGCUUCCUCCUCGGCUUCCGAGGCCUUCGCCACCUCCAACAUUCUACGGCUGCUGGAGCAGGGCCGGCUGCUCUCGGUGCCCAGGGCCCCCAGCCUCCUGGCACUGACCCCUGGCCUGCCUGGCCUGCCUGCUGGCCAUAGGGGCACCUCUUUGGGUGACCCCAGGAACUCCUCCCCACGUGUCAACCCGCUGCCCUCGGCCUCGACAUCUCCCCCGCUGCCGCCCCCUCUGCCAGCCGUCUGCUUUUCCAUGGCCCCCCUCCUGGACCUGCCUGCCGGCUAUGAACUUGGCUCCUCAGCCUUUGAGCCCUACAGCCGGCUAGAACGGAAAGUAGCCAGCCCUGGAGGCGGAGGCAGCAAGAACGCUAACACUUAAACUCCCACUCCUGUGUGACACUGAGUCCCCAAGCACAGCACCGCCCCAGCCUCCUGAGCCCCAGUGGACUGCACUGAGCAGGCCCAGAAGAGAGGGGUGGCUGCUGCAGCCCCUCCUCACCUGCCCCAGCUCAGAGACUCGACCAAAUGGCCUUGGUCCCCGCAGCUCGUGUGUGUGAGUGCAGUGUGCGUGUGCGUGUCUCUCACUGAAAUAAAGGAAAACGAUGACAAGAAGGGAAACAG